CUCUUUGUCCUUUCCAAAGCCAGCACAUCUACCAAGGUGCAAUAACCAGAACUGCCCAAUGUAGUUGACUAAUCAAUUCAUUGCCACGCCGUGGAACCUCCUGAGGACCACGAAUCUCAGGAUCUCGUUAACUUAACUUUUGCCAAAACUGCAGGUGAAACUUUAUGUCCUGUUCACUGCCAUAAUGUCAGUGAAACUCCAGACAAAUGGCACAAUGAUAAUCACAAUGAUUUUCGGUGUUUCUACAGCUUUUGUGUAGAUUAUGGAGGAACAUUUAUUUCUCAGCUAUGGUAAUCCAUUACAUUGUCUUUGUGUAUACAACAAGCAAUUCUAAAAUAAUUAGUUGCUUCUCCUGUCUAAUAUACUGUAGUUAUUAACCACUUCUCCUUCCUAUACAUUAUCACCUCAACCACAUUAUGCGCCUGUUCACUAUUCAAAUUCCAUCUAUUUAACCUGCCUGUGCCUUUUUUCAUUAUUCUUCACAAGUUACAGGAGUAGAAUUAUUCCAUUUGGCCCAUUGAUUUCACUCCGCCAAUCAAUCAUGGCUGAUCUCUGCCUCCUAAUCCAAUUUUCCUGCCUUGUCCCCAUAACCCUUGACACCCGUUCUAAUCAAGUUCUGCCCUAAACGCUGAAACAUCCCCACAUUUGAAGCGUUUUUCUCAGAUUUCCAUUUCCAGAUAAUUUUUGCACGUGUCAUCCACAAUGUCCAUGAUAAUGGACACCGAAUGAUCCUGUUAAUCACUCUGUUGCCAUAUCAUUAUAUUUCUUCUGCAUGUGAUGAUUUCUGGCACACUUAACUAGUCUUCGCCCCAAGGUGUAAACCAAGCACUGUGUAAUAUUGUCCCAAUAUUGUGACACUUCUCAAUUUAAAACUAAGUCCCUUGGUUCUUCAUUCUCCUAUCCUGGGUGAAAGACAAUGUGCAUUUACCCUAUCUAUUCUCCUGUUAUGCACCUCUAUAUCACCCCUCAUCCUCCUGCACUCUGAGGAAUAAAGUCCUUGCUUUCCCAAUCUCCCUGUGGCUCAGGCCCUCAAGUCUUGGCAACAUCCUUGUAAAACUCUGCACUCUUUCCAACUGAAUGGCAUCCUUCCUAACGCAGGGUGACCAAACCUGACAAGAUAGUCAAAGUGUGGCCUCACCAACAUCUGAUACAACUGAAACGUAAUGUACCAAAUCACUUUCUGAUGAUGGCCAGUGUGCUAAUAGCCUUCUUGGUCAUCCUACCUACGUACUGCACUACUCUCAAAGUGUACUUGUAUUCCAGGUCCCUCUGUUCUACUGGGAGAUCAAGUUGUUCAGAAACCGAAGAUAGACACAAAAUGCUGGAGUAACUCAGCGGGACAGGCAGCAUCUCUGGAGAGAAGAAAUGGCUGUUGCACAAACAAUUAGUGGGUAACAAUGGAAGAUUAUGAAGAGUUCUGUAAGAAGCAUUUAGUCAUGAUUCAGUCUAAGAUGGUAACAAAUGAAGUUCCACCAUCAGCUUGCCAAGAAAGCGUCUCUGUUCUCUGCUUCCAUGGGGUAGCUGUACUCUCUCCUCUGAUGAAUACUGAAAGAAAACUGGAGAUGCAGCAAUACAGACAGAAAGCUGUGGAAUUGGAGGUUGGUCGGUACAAAGCAAGAAAAAGUGCCUUGCUUACCCGUGUGGAAGAAAUUAUUGAAAACGUACAGGUAUGUAAAGUGCCAAGUACUACUGAAUGUACAAAACAUCCUAUUACACAACUUCCAGUAAAUGAGUUCACAACAAUACAACAUUCUAACCGUUCUUCGCUUUCGCCAACAUGUACUGAAAACUCCGAGGACCUUAUUCUGUUAUCUAGACCGCUGUUGAAAUUGAAGGAAAAGAUUUCCAAUGGAAACUCUGACGAAAGAUGUAGCUUUUCUUCUCAAAUAAGCAAGCUGCCCAAAUCAACUGGUAACAUCCAAGCUAAUACUAGUUCAGUAUGUGUGAACCCUAAAAACACUGAUGUACUGCCACCUGCAAAGGAAUAUCCUGAUCCUUACACAAUGAGUCUCCAGAAUUUGCUUAAAAAGUCAAGGGAAUACAUAGAGAGAGAACAAAACCGACGUAAUGGGAAAACUGUUUCCAAGGAAGGUACAAAUGAAAGCCAUUCAGAUAAAGAAAAUGAUGGUGUUAAAGUUGAUGAGUGGCAAAACGAACGAAACAACGUUUCUAACAGAAGUCAAAGUUCUAGUCCUGUGAUAGUUGAUAAUUCAUGCAGUUCAAGGUCAUCUUUACAAUCACAAGUUGCUUCUGUGAUCAAUGAAAGCUUUGAAUUGCAUGAUAAAAUAGCACUUAACGUAUCCACUUCAGUUUUAUGUACUCCAAAUUUAGACUUUGCAGCAAAGUCAAUAAAUGGCUCAUCUAAAGAAUCUGAGUCAGAUGAUGAUUGGAUAAACAGAUCAGCAUCUGAAUAUGAAAAUAGUUUGCUUAAAAGUCUAACAGGAUCCUAUGCUAAACUGCCCAAUCCUGAACCAAGUCGAAGUCCCAAAAUACACCAAAGAUACCCCAGAACCACAACCAAUAUUGUUAUUAAUAACCCAGUGAAUGCAUAUGAACUUAGCCCAAAAGACAAAUUUAGUGGCGUACCUGGGACGAACACAUAUCAAAUAAACAUUGAUAGUCUUGAUGUACGGAGAGCUAUUCCAAAUGAGCUUUCAGUAAUUAUCAAUCAAGAAAAAAUUGAAAAACAUGCUGGGAAACUGCAAGAUCUUUCAUCGUCUUUGGGAAAGAUAAAUGAUAUAAUGUCAAAAAAUAAUUCACCAUUUACCAUCUCUGAACUUUGUGGAAAACCUGAAGUAAACUUGAUUGGAACCAUCGUUGAUACUGAAGUUCAGAUGCCAAUAAGGAGCUUGAUUCACAAAGAUUCAUGUGAUUUGGAACGGGCUUCUCCAUUGCUUACAAGUAAACAAGACAUAUGCCAGCUAUUAGAAACCCCACUUGAACUUGAUGUCAGUGACCAAAAGACCAGCAGCCUGAUUGAACCUACUGUGCUGAACAAAUCGUAUGAUGUCAUUCAUCCAUCUCCAGUGCUGUUGCAAGCUCAACGCAUAAAGCAACAAGCUGAUUUCUUGCUGGCACCUCCCGAACGUGAAAAGUGUUCACAAAGCAACAUGGAAAUUAAAGCCAAACGCAAGUUAGAUCUGGGUAUUCUAAAUACCAAAGAAAACAAACAGUCGACUAUUAAAACUACAGCCUCAUUUGUUCAGGAGAUGAGCAGGUGGAUUCAAGAAAGGCAUCAAAGAGUUCCUAUAAUCAGGAGUGAAAAUGAAGUGCCCUUAAAUAGCCAUAUUAAGACAGGAGAUGAAGAUCUUAUCACAAAACAGAUGUUGGCAUUGGUAGAAAUGCGGAGGCAACUGGAGGAACAACAUACCUUGCAACUGUCUAUGCUCAUAGCUGAACAAGAGAAAGAGCAAGAGAAACUGCGGAUGGAAAUAGAAGAACAAGAAAGGCGACUGAGAGAGCAAACCAGUUUUGUGAGGGUUUCGUCGGAAAGUUGUUCAAGUAAAGAAACCUCUUUAGAUUGGAAGAGAAUAAAUAGAAGCUAUGUUGUGCCUUCCCUGACCAAUCGAGUGGAUGGCAGUCACUCUUUGCUCACCAGCCAGUCAAUAAGCCCCGAGUCAUCGUUCAGUCGAUGGGCAGUUCAGGAUGAUGGAGUCCAGGAAGUGCAGUCAUCCGGUUUCAUUAGCAGGCUGAGGACCAGACGCUCACAGAUGAAUACACCAGAAAUCCAACAAAAAUUUCAUAAGAUUACAGCUCUGGCAAAAGGAUUUUUAACUCGCAGACUGAUGAAGACAGUGAAACUAAAACAGCUUCAGCAAACUGUCAAAGAUACCAUGGAGUUCAUCAAUAGCUUCCAGCCAGAAGCAUCCUUGAGAAGAGGUGCCACUUCAUCACAAGAUGUUUCUCUGCAGGAAAGAGUUGUUGCUCAGUUGCGAGCUGCACUUUACGAUAUACAUGACGUCUUCUUUGUAUUAACUUCGAAUGAGAGAAUGCAGAUCCUAUCUCAAGAUCGUGAAAUUCGCAAAGAAAAACAACUGCGACAAAUGGUAACUUUCUCUGAGAAAUGGAAGUGUCCUAAAGAAAGAAUAUCCCUUUCAGUAGCAACUCAGAAAUCUUUAGACAGGAAAAAGCAAAUUAAGGCUGCUGAAAUGGGAGUAACCAGUAAACAAAAGUCACAAACAAAACAAAAGACUUCAUCUGAAACCAGGAUUCUUCAACCAAGUCAAGGGCAGAACGCCCCUGUACAAAGACAACUACACAGACAAGGGAGUAUGUCCAGGAAGAGCGCUGAAAACAAAGUCAAGCGUUACGACUCACUGAGGAAGCAACACUCCUUUGGAUGAAAGGCGUGCAGAGAUGCCAGACAUUGAGAAAAAUCAGCGUGUCAAUAAAAAAUACCAAAAUGAAACAACGAGAGUCUAUUGAAAUAAAUUUUGCAAGUGUCAAACUUUCUAAAUUAUCUUUGCAUAAAUAUUAACAAUUCCGUACCUCAAACUGAAAAAAGCAUGCACUCCAAGGAUUUCAAAGUGCAUCAGUUAACAGCUAAUUGCUCUAGUUGUUUCUUGCACUGAUUUUAUAUAUUUGGGUGGAAAGGGACUGCAGGAAAUAAUAUCUCAAAUAUUGAGUUUUCUCUACUGUCUAAACUAAAUGUAGAAUCUUUCUUUGGUUUUACAAUGCAGCUAAUUACUAGAAGAAUUGACUUGUGAAAUGCAUUGCUGCAUUUAAGUAUUAACUUUCAGCCAAGCUCUGCAAAAUGUUCUAUUGUAACUUACUAACUUUACCUUUAAUUAUCAAAGCAUGCAUUUGAGAAAAUCUUGCCAUUGUUUUCUGAAGCAUUGUAAUGAAUUCUCCCCUUGAUAACUGAAAGGCCUUGAGUUCAACAGAUGCCAUUUCCAGUCAAUGCCAAUUAAUUUUUCUUGGUUAUAUAAAUAACCUUUUAUGUUUAAAUCACAUUGUUUGUGCCAAUAAUUUUAUUUUUAUAACGUUUCAAUUAAGUAUUUAUGUUGUGCAUGUUGCAAAAUAAACUCUUUGAAUAUUAUUUACAUUAUUAUUGAUGUAUUUUACUUUGUAAUAAAAUACUGAGAUAUUUGAAUCUU